CUCAAGGGACCCUAAACGAGUAAACGCUGCGCAAAUCCAAACACAGUGAAUCUGGGAAUUUGGAACGAGAUCGAAGAACAACAUUUGAAGCUUCACCCAAUUCAUCAGUCAGGCAAGUCUCUCAUCCAUUUUAUCUCUCUUCUCUGCUGAAUUUACGCAUUACGAAUGUUAGCAGUUUAGCUCAAUGCCUCAUAGUUGGAGAACUAAUCAUUCCUGAAGAAAAAACAAUGACUCUUCAUUUUUUAAGAAGAACCCUAACAUCUUUUUCACUCAAACAUGAAUCUUCCAAUUUCAUCAAUCUGCCCAAUUUCCCAUUUUUCUCAACUCAAGUGACCCAAAUUGAAAAACCCAAUUGCGAAUUUACGAAUUAUUUGAUUACUCACCACAAUUUCUCUCAGAAAAAUGCUUCAAAAACAGCUACUUGUUUGACCCCGGACUAUAAAAAUUCCGAUUUAGUUCUCGGUUUUUUGAAAAGUAAAGGAAUUUCGGGUACCCAGUUGGAGGAAUUAGUCGUACGUCAUCCUCGUGUUCUUGCUGUUGAUAUUAACAAGUCUGUUGGUGUUAAAGUCAGUAGAAUUAAGGAUUUAGGUUUCUCAGAUGAUGAAUUGGUUGAUUUAUUGUGUUCUGUUCCGAUUAUAUUGACCCUGUCUCGAUCAGUUGAACGUGUCGUUUUGGCUAUUUCUGUGUUGCAAAGUAUAUUGGGUUCAAACUGUGAUGUUAUUAAGCUGUUAAAGCUUUGCAAUUGGUUUCUUAAUAAUGAUUUGGAUAAAAGUCUGCUGCCUAACAUUCAGUUGAUGGAGAAAUGUGGGAUUAGCAAAUUGCAAAUUAGGCAAACUCUUCUUAGUUUUCCUAGGUUUUUCUUGGUGCAACCUGAUUUUAUGAAGGAUUGUAUGAGGAGGGUUGAUUCGUUGGGGUUGGGAAGAAAUUCAAAAAUGUACAUUCAUGGUGUUCGGGCUGUGAGUUCUAUGACGCUAGAAAAAUGGGCGUCCAAAGUGAAGCUAUUUGAAACCUUGGGUUUUAGAGAAGACGAUAUUCUGUCCAUGUUUCAAAGAACACCUCAGGUGCUUACUAUAUCGGAGAGGAAGAUUUUGGAGGUUUCCAAGCUGUUUCUUAGCUCAGGGAGUGUUGAUGUAUCAUAUUUGGUUCAGCAUUCUGAAUUGUUAAUUUAUAGUGCUGCUUUUAGGAUUAAGCCUCGCUUGGAUAUCAUCAAUGUACUCUUGUCAAAGAAUUUACUUCACAAGGAGCCUAGGCCGACUACUCUAUGUAAGAUUAGCGAUAAGAAAUUCAUCGAGAAAUUUGUGCUUCCAUAUGCUAGUGAAAUUGGUGAUAUUGGUAAGAAAUUUCUUGUUAGCACAGGUUUUGGAUCUUCUUUUGGUAUUUAGACUUUAGAGAAGAAAUUUUCUAUCACUUGGCUUUGAUUUAAUGCGAUCAAAUUGAAGUUCUUCCAUCACACCAUUAUUUCAAAUCAGUUUCACAUCUGUAAAAAGUGAAGGCCAAUGAUAUCAAUGCUCAAACAGCUGGUCAGCUGUCAAUCCUGAUCUGGGUUUGCAUGGAUUAGAUUGAUUUUAUUUAAACUCAUGUAUUGAGCUCUUCUUGCUUCCCUGUUACUUGAGAAUUGCAUCCUUGUAACCUUAUGGGAUAAAUUUUAUGACAUGGGUUUGAUAAUUUUCUACCUCACUUGAUUCUCGUAUUUUGGUUAGAGAAAUUUGCUAUGGAUUGUUCGGCAAGCAUGUUCUGAUUGCUUGGUUAUCUUCGGAGCUUUUUGAUGUUUUAAUUAUGAAUCUAAUCACUGCUUGUUUUCGAGUCUUCUGACAUGGAUAAAGAUAAAGCAUAUGACAAUCGCACUUGAAUCAAUUGUUUUUAUCAUGUAGCAGGGAAUAGUAAUCUCUUUUGCAUUGGCCUUGUAUAUUAGUGAAUGGCAUUUUUUAGGGACAUUAUAACUUCUUCAGCAAAGGAGAUAAUUUCGGCAAACUUCAGUCUCAGCUUGAAGACAUGAACUCUCUCUAUAUAGGUAUUUAUUCUCCAAGAGUGAGAGGAGAGAGAACAAUCCUAGUUAGUACCCAGCCUUGCCUCUCAUGUCCAUUUGAGCCGCAUUGUAUCCAAUUUUAAUCUUGAAGCUGAUCGUUUCUCUUCCUUUUCCGUUUGUUAGUAAGCUAGACAUUGUACAUCAUUUUUUAUUUCUUUUCAACUUUGGACCCCAUCUGCUUUUUAGUGUGCUCUUGUCUUGGUUUCACUUAUUCAGUAGCAGACAGACCCCUGAGUACUGAUGGAGAAUUUCAUCAUCGGGCCAGUUUCACGAUUCAUCAAUGACCUUCAAUCAUGUUGAUUAAGUUGUUAGCAGCCCUAUCUUUGCAUUUUUAUUUAUUACUAUAUAUGGAACAGAAUCAUGGUUAGUUUGACCACCUAGGCUGUGUUAUCCCCACCUUUCAAGGAUAUAUUGGUUGGGGACUGUGGUUUCCUCAAUCUGGUUUUUACGGUUUGGUAUUCACAUGUUUUUCUGUCUUGAAGUGGUAAACUGGUGUAUUCUGCUUCCUGUUCCACUAGACAAUAGCUUCUGAGAGCAGUAAAUUUUGUUGGUGUUUAUGCUGCUGUUGCAAGGUUGAAGACUUGAGAUUUCCUUUGGGUCUAAGCUUUUCAUCAAAUAUUGGGCCACAUUUAGAUGAAGGUUUCUAUGGAGGAACAUAUAUUGUUCUUCUUUGCAUGCUAGAUCAAAGUGGUCAAUGCCGACUGCUGUAGAUUGGCAAUUGUCUAAAGAUGUUAUCGCUACUAGUUAAUUGAAGUAUGGGUAUUGCUUGUGGAACUGUGUUGGUGGUUGGUGUUGCUGCUGUCCAUUCUACUACUAGAGAUGAUGCUGUUGAUUGUGGGUCUUGCACUCUUGCUGCCAUGGAUCUAGCUGGUGGAUCCCUUUAUUGCUAAAUUUCUGUCACGUAGCUCUUUGUUUUGUUUUGCUGACUCUGUAAUCUGCUUGGGUGAUUCAGAGGCGGUUUUGGUUUGCUUCCAAUGUCAUUCUAUAUCUUACCCUGCCCCUCGUUUGGGCAUUGCAUGUCUCCAUCAGACUCCAACCACCAGCUGCUUUUUCCUCGGUUUUCCUCUGGGUCAUCCUUGGUCUGAGGCUUUGGUUGGGUUACUUACUUCCAAGUUCUGUUUUCUCUAUUCGACUGAAGCGCUUCAUGACUGCUGUUGUAUAACAUUAUUACUGGGUUUUACCUGAUAGAGUAGAUUUACUCUAUAAUAUUAUUUUAAAUAAACCGAUCACCAAAAUAUUUGUAGAAACUAGAAAGUGUAGUUCCAAGGAGUUGAGCAUAGUUAAUCUCACGUCAUCAUCGUAACAAGUUAGCAGAUUCAUCAGGAUUAAUCAGUUGAAUUUCGCAUUUGGACAAGAUGUGGUAAACAUCUUCAUAAGACUUUGUGAUGCCGGCCCAGCAGGCUGUAAGAAAUCUCAUUUGUUCGCAAAUUGUUAUAGGGCCAUAAUGUUCUGUGCAUUGUUGAUAUAGUAUGGUUUCUGCCUUCUUGCAACUAAAUUUGAUCACAUU